UUAAAAUUAUAACCAUAGAAUCUUCUCCAUACAUAUAAAUUUAUUUAAAUCUAGCUUUAGUUUGCGAUUAUAUAAAUUGAUGAACCCUCCUUCAGUUUUCACUAAUAACAGAGUUCUCCCUCAAAUCACACACAAACAACUCUCUCCUGCAUUCUCAUAUUCAUAAUUCAUUAGAGAGAGCGAUGGUGACGAUGGUAUUGAAAAGUGUAUUGCUUGUGUUCAUGUGUGUGUUCUUGAAGAUUGCAUAUGACACCAUCUCAUGUUACUUCAUAACUCCAAGGCGCAUCAAGAAGAUCAUGGAGAAGCAAGGAGUCCGUGGCCCAAAACCACGCCCACUUACAGGCAACAUCUUAGAGGUCAUCUCCUUCGUCUCAUGCUCUACUUCCAAACACAUGGAUUCUAUUCAUCAUGACAUCGUUGCUCGCCUCUUGCCACAUUACGUUGCCUGGUCUAAACAAUAUGGGAAAAGAUUUAUAUACUGGAAUGGUAUCGAGCCUCGCAUGUGCUUAACAGAGAUAGAGUUGAUCAAAGAACUUCUCACCAAGUACAGCAUUAAAGCUGGUAAAUCCUGGCUACAACAGCAAGGAUCAAAAAAUUUUAUCGGCGGUGGCUUGUUGAUGGCAAACGGUGAAAACUGGUAUCAUCAACGGCAUAUUGUUGCGCCGGCAUUCAUGGGAGACAGACUGAAGAGCUAUUCUGGGCACAUGGUGGAAUGCACUAAGAAGAUGCUUCAAUCACUGGAAAAUGCUGUAGAAUCAGGCCAAACUGAGUUUGAGAUUGGUGAAUAUAUGGCUAGACUCACUGCUGAUAUAAUUUCAAGAACUGAAUUUGAUUGUAGCUACGAGAAAGGGAAGCAAAUAUUCCAUCUCUUAACUGUUCUUCAACGACUCUGUGCUCAAGCAAGCAGGCAUCUGUGCUUCCCUGGAAGUCGGUUCUUUCCUAGUAAAUACAACAGAGAAAUAAAAUCAUUGAAGAUGGAGGUGGAGAGACUACUAAUGGAGAUUAUACAAAGCAGAAGAGAUUGUGUGGAGAUUGGUAGGAGCACUUCAUAUGGGAAUGAUUUGCUAGGAAUGCUUCUAAAUGAAAUGCAGAAUAAAAGAGGAAAUGGGUCUUUCAGUUUGAAUCUGCAGUUGAUUAUGGAUGAAUGCAAAACUUUCUUCUUUGCCGGCCAUGAAACUACUGCUCUCUUGCUCACUUGGACAAUCAUGCUUCUUUCUAGCAAUCUUUCUUGGCAAGAGAAGGUCCGAGCCGAGGUAAAUCACAUCUGCAAUGGCGAAACACCCUCGGUUGAUCAUCUUCCCAAACUCACCUUGCUAAACAUGGUAAUAAAUGAAUCAUUAAGGCUGUAUCCUCCAGCUACAGUGCUGCCAAGAAUUGCAUUUGAAGAUUUUAAGCUAGGAGAUCUCCACAUACCAAAGGGGCUAUCAAUAUGGAUACCAGUCCUUGCAAUUCAUCAUAGCGAAGAGUUGUGGGGAAAAGAUGCAAAUGAGUUCAAUCCUGAGAGGUUUAGUUCCAAGUCAUUUUCACCUGGCAGGCAUUUCAUCCCUUUUGCUGCUGGUCCCAGGAAUUGUAUAGGCCAAACUUUUGCUAUGAUGGAAGCUAAAAUCAUAUUAGCCAUGUUGAUUUCAAGGUUUAGCUUCACUAUUUCAGACAGUUAUCGCCAUGCUCCUGUUAUUGUCCUCACGAUAAAACCCAAGCAUGGAGUUCAAGUCUGUCUCAAGCCCUUGAAUCCAAUGGAAAAAAAAUAGAAAACAAUAUAUAUAUAUAUUUUUAAUUUUUAGGUGAAAAGAUAACAGAGAGUUUGAUCAAGGUUUUAGUUUUUUCCCCCCUUUUUUUUAUGUAAUUUUUUUGGUGGGGGUUGUAAUCUAGUCAAGAGAGAUAGACAUGGAAUGAUGCUUUAACUAAGGAUGUAAGCAGAUUAUGCAUAGACAGUGAUUUUGCCUU